AUGGAUAUCGACGACGAUGAUGAUUUCUACGCGCCCGAUGAGCCAGAAACCACCCAGGCUCCUGCGCCACAAGCCAACGCAACUGUGCAGCCCGCCGCGCAACAUGACGAGGAUCUGGAAGAGGGCGAAGAAGAAGAUGAAGGCGCGGAAAUGGAUGAAGAUGAUUCAGACAUUGACAUCAUUACAGAGCGGAAAGAUGGCACAAAGGCUCCUCCGCCAACUCAAUCAAAAUAUAGCGACAUAAGAAACAUUCCGCAACGGACGACUUCAAGCGAUGCUGCCGUGAAACCUGCCGUCAAGAAGGACGAGGCAAGUCCUGCAUCUGGUGCAGAGUUGCCGGCUGUCUCGACAUCCAAGAUUGACGUCAAUGCUAUACCAAUCCACAAGGGCACGGGGAAGCCCAUCACACAGGUCAACAUUGAUGAAGACUUGCCAGAAAAUGAUAAACCCUGGCGAAAGCCGGGUACCGACAUUAGCGAUUAUUUCAACUAUGGUUUCGACGAAUUUACGUGGGCACUCUAUGCAGCCAAGCAGGAUGGUAUUCGCGGAGAGUACAGCUCCGAUGCAAUUGCUCAGAAUAACAAGAAGAUGAUGGAAGAGAUGCAAAUGAUGAUGAUGGGAGGUAUGCCUGGCGGAGCUGCUGGUGCCAUGCCAGGGAUGCCAGGCAUGGACGGCAUGCCACCAGAGAUGCAGCAAAUGAUGCAGCAGAUGAUGCAGUCCGGCAUGGACCCAAGUCAGAUGGAUCCCUCGGCCAUGUUUGCAGGAAUGCAAGGUGCUGGAGGUGCCUCUGGCCAAGGAGGUCAAGGCCAAAAUUUUGCUGGUGCUCAAGGCUUUGGAAACCAGCAAGGCCAAGGCUACGGUUACGAUCAAGGGAUGGGCCGCGGCAACUUUGGCAACCGAGGGCGGCGGGGUCGUGGGAACUGGUAA